AUGAUAACUAUUAAUGUUCAGAAUUUGUCAUUAUUGACCUGCUUCGAAGCAGGGAAAACUGGCUCCACAUCAACUGCCCCCGGCAACUGUGGAGUGGACUGUACUAAUACUAUAAACAUACAUACAACUCCCAUGGAGAGUGCUAAACCGACCAAGGAUAUGGAAAUGGAAAGCAAAAAUGAAGAAAUUAAACGUCUGCAGUCGGAAGUCUCCCUUUUGUCUCAAGCAACAGAGAAGUCUCAGAGACAAUCGGAUGUCUCCCUUUUGUCUCAAGCAACAGAGAAGUCUCAGAGACAAUCGGAUGUCUCCCUUUUGUCUCAAGCAAUAGAGAAGUCUCAGAGACAACUGGACCUGAUGGAGGACAAGUUCGAGCAAUGUUAUGAAGAGAUAAAUGGGCUGAAGACGACGAUCGCCGAUCAGCAGGAAAAGCUACAGCAGUGGCAGGAGAGGACUGAGGAAAACGAGCACCAGAUUGAACAGAAAAACGAUAUCAUUACGACGCUGGAAGAAAAGAUCAUGAACCAAAACAACCUCAUAGGGUUACUAGUGGUGGAAGCGACAAUGAGAGACAAGAAAAUCGAACGACUUGAAAAUGUUUUUGCUGAGGAGGCCGAAAAGAGAGAUUUGAUCAUUCCUCGUCUAGAGAGAAGAGUGACAGAAAUAGGCUUUCAAUGUCAGUUUUUGGAGGCAGAAAGGCAAGUAGAGAUGGCGCGAAUGAACGACCUCCAGUUGGAUAGGGACUUGGAGGUGCGAAGCCUCCGUGAAGAAAUCGAAGGUCUCAAACAAACAAUGCAAGGACUGGAGGAGAUGUCCAAAACCGAGGUCCAGGACCGAGGAUCAGACCCCAUCCAGUUCGAAACAGAAAUAGUUGAGACUCUUGUCACUAUGACUGGACAAGAGGCCAUCCCAGAACUUAUUAAAGAAGAGGAAUUAGAGUGUGGGCAAGAGGAACAAGAGGCCAUUCCCUCUCUGGAGACAGAGAGAACCUCCGACGUUCCUCAACUUGUGCCGGAGAGCAUCAUUCCCUCUAUGGAGGAUGACGUACCCGACAUCCAGAGCGAGGGUUUGAAGGAAGAGCUCAUUACGACCUCACUUGAUGAAGUACCAAAAUAUUCCAGCCUCUCCACCACCCACGCAUCCGACGACGUUGUACCACCACAACUAUCUGCUUCUGAGCCAGCAGACUUCAUCAUGGAGAAACAUAAGUUUCAAGAGGAGAGAGAAGCAUUCAUGAAGGAGAGGCGCGACUUCACGAUAGAGAAGGAGCAAUUAAAAAUAAAGUAUAAGAAUCUGGAAAAAAUUGCUAGCGAUCUUGACUCCCAGAAACAAGCGUUACUGAUAGACCAAUUCGAAUGGCAGAAGAAAGCAAUAAUUUUGGAGGAAAAGGAACGAAAGGUGGAUGCACAAGAGUGUGAAAAUAAUAAAAAUAAGUCAAAACUGGAAGAACUGAAAAACCUUUACAUGCAAUGGGAAGUAAACCUUUCAAAUGCACGGAAACAAAUGAAACGAGACAGAAAGACCUUGGAGGAAUGGGGAAAAAAUCUGAGUACGAAAAAGAAGGAAUUGGAAGAAAAAGAAAAAGAUAUGCAGGAAAGGGGAGAAAAUAUGAACGAAAUAAAAGAAAGUUCGGGGAAUGUGAACACGAUAUGA